AUGACAGGCUUUUCUAUCUCCUCAUCAUUGGCACUUAUGGCCGCCCUUCUCAGCAUUGCAACGGCCGAUGGGCAGUAUCGUUCUCGUCCUGACCUAGCGCCGCCUCGGCUGAACAUCACGAUUCCUGCCACUGAACAUGUCUCGCCUGGCUACAUCUUUGUCGGGCCUUACCCCGGCUUCGAUGGUGUCCGCGCAGGUCCCGAGCAGGCAGCCGCUUAUAUUUUCACCAACACUGGAGAUCUUGUCUGGUCUAGCCUUGGCCACUUUGCAGGAUGGGUCGGGAAUUUCCAGGCGGUCCGGUACCGGGGAAAACCAGCACUGCAGGCAUUCCAGGGCUAUCUUGAUCCCUUUCACGGCCACGGAUACGGCACGCCCAUUCUCUUGGAUGACCACUACCAACCUCUGGCUUUGGUGCAAACCCCGAACCACCGCCUUAUCUCUAUUCAUGAGUUCAAGAUUGUGAAUGAGGAAACAGCUCUGGUUGAGAUUUAUCAGCCUACCGCUAUGGAUCUUGGCCCAUUUGGGGGUUCUGCUGAGGAGCAGUGGAUUGUCGAUGGUGUCUUCCAGGAAUUCGAUAUUGCGUCUGGAGAGUUGCUUUUUGAGUGGCACACUCUUGAUUGGGCGUCUCCAGCGGACAGUGCCAUUCCCCUCCGCUCUGGGCGCGCCUUCACGGGUGCCAACGCCAGCGAUGUGUGGGACUAUUUUCACAUCAACAGCGUGGACAAGAAUGAUCAAGGUGACUACCUCGUUUCCGGUCGCCACAUGAAUGCUCUAUACAAGAUCAACGGCUCAGACGGCUCGCUUCUUUGGCAACUAGGCGGCGAGAAGUCGACCAUCUCUCAUCUUGACUUUGACUUUGGCUAUCAGCACGAUGCCCGUUUCCUCAACCGUUCUGUGGACGGCAGCGUCGAGACUAUCUCCUUCUUCGACAACUCAGCACGCUCUGAUCGACAGCGUACCGGCGGUGUAGACCGCCUGCAUCCUCACUCUCGCGCCCGUAUUGUCGAGAUCGACCACAACCAUAAUACUGCCAGGGAGCUCAACAACUUCAUCCCGCCUGACUAUCUUUCAGCUCCGUCCCAGGGCAACGUGCAAGCCCUUGAGAAUCAGAACGUGUUCGUCAACUGGGGUCAAGCAGGUGCUGUUACCGAGUUUUCUCCUGACGGCACUCCCAUCUUCCACGCCUAUCUCGACUCUGGGGAACUGGCGCCUGGCGUCCAGAGCUACCGUGGAUUUCGGUACGAGUGGACGGGCUACUCUAGUGAGACUCCAGCCGUCGUAGCCUAUGAUGACGGCUCCGAGAUGUCCGUAUAUGCUAGCUGGAAUGGUGAUACUGUCACUGCAGCUUGGCGCUUUUAUUCACAGUGCAAGACUGAAAGACGACAGGCCGGAGUAAGGUAUGAGACGCGCGAACUAGGUCAGGUUGCCAGAAAGUCAUUUGAGACAAGCCUUGUUGUCUCUAUCAACCAAUUGCGUGGCUGGAGCAAAGACUGUGGCAUAUUUGCGCAGGCUGUUGAUGCGUCAGGCAGCAUUCUUUCCACCAGCACUGUCGUCAACAUUGCAUAUUCUCAGCCUCAGCCUGCUUCGGCUCCAGCUCCACCCUCGCUAUUGAAAGAGUUCGGCCAAAAGGGCUUUUACGGAUGGGCGGAUUUGUAA